AUAGGGAACGUUCCUCGCAAUGGAACAGAGUUUCGAGAUUGCCUCAGACGUUUGGGGUUAAAACCAGGACCACUGGGAUACUUCAACUCUGCAUAUAUGGCCUUUACUCCAGCAGAAGCGCGUAAAUUUCCUAAUCUGGUGUCUUACCGCCGGCAUAUGAGAAGAAUUAAAACCUACAACAUCACUUGGAAACCACAAGUUUCCGUGCAGUCAAGAAAAAAUAUAUUUAAGAGGGGUUCCUCAUUUCCCGUAACAACUCUUUCAGGUCCUUGCGAAUCUACCAUAGGGGGGGAGACGAGGCUUUGUGAUGUCUGCCCUGCCGUAACUGAUCUGGGACCUGAAACUUUACCCCGCUAUAUUAACGAAGUGUUAUGCAAUGCAGCACAGUUGUUCUGUGGCGAUGGAAGCACAGUUCUGGGUCUGUGCCAAAACCCUACCGUGACUCAGUCUUUCAUAAAGAAGAUUGAUUCAACUUGGAUGGUUUACUCACAGGAGAUAAGAGUGUGCUGCGAAUGUGCAGUGUUCUUUUGACCAAACAUAAACUAUUAUCUCUUCACUGUUCUAUCAUAUUAAAGGUUAAUGCAAUGAUUAUAGUAAUGAAUGUGCCAAAUUUUGCCAGAGUAAAAGGCACUUUUUAUUUCAAUUGUAAAGAAGUCAUUACAUUGGAAAUAACCCUAUAAUGAAAAAAUAAAAAAAAACACUCAUAAUAUCAAAAUUAUGCCAUCGUAAUUGCCGCGGUUGUGCUUAUACGUGUUGUACUUAACAUGCCGAGGAGUUAUUGGCCGGUAUAUUUAGCAACGUUGCAAAUCUGUCUUCUCAUCAGUAAAGAGUGUCUGGUUAAACCCGGACACCUGGUAUAGGUGAUGGACUACAGACACAACGUUCCGGGUUCGAUUCUUACUCUCGAUCCUCUGAAAUUUUUUUUCCGUUAAAAAUUGAACAGACUUAUACUUUCAUGAACAUUCCCUGAGCAGAAAUGUCAAGAAACUUAAGCCUGGUUUUCACUAGCGCACAAGCAUAAGCACAAGCACAUGUGUAAGCAAGUGAAAACUGCGGCGACAUAAGCAUGAGCAUAAGCACAAGAAAAACGGGCAUGUUCGUACUUCUUGUGCUUAUGCUUAUGCUUGUGUCGUAGCUUUGACUUGUGAAAACGGUGGGGUUGACAUAGGCACAGGCAUAAGCACAAGGCCGUGGACCCUUCAUAGGUCACUUUGACCCAGACAUCAUGCGAACAUAUAUAUCACAAGCAAUAUGGCGGACGCUUCGUGCGCCAUCUUGUUUCUCAUCGAGUUGAGGAGAGCUGGUAUCAAGAAUUGAAACAAAUUUACCAUUCUGCGCGUGCGUAUGCCCUUAUGCUUAUGCUUAUGCGCUAGUGAAAACCAGGCAUAACGAACACUACGUUGUGUGAACUUCAUAUGGUGUCCAAGAGGUUCAGGUCGAUGGAAUCUAACGCUGCCCGCAAGCAACCGCUGGAGGCGGUUAGGAAGAGACGGAAAGGGCGACGAAGGAGUGGGUCCAGAUCGUCACCAUUUAGCGCGAAGUUAGAAACUUUAAGGGACACGUUCACGGUUAAGCGCAUGCUCAUUUAUUAAAUUACGUUUUUCCAAUUUAUUAUUAAUUCUAUCGUCACAUGUAUAUCACCGAUCUCAGAGAGUAUUUCAAAGUAGAAGUGUAUUUCAGAGUAACCUGAAGAAGGAUGAAGGAAUACUAAAAUCGCAGAAAAAAUCAGUGGAUUAUGCUAACAUUACAGACGUUGAAUCUAUUUUUGACCCGAAGGUUUUAUUCCAUGGUUGAUUAAUUUACAGCUAUUUUCAAAUAUUUAAGUUGAUCAAGCAGAAGUGACUGCCAGGGGAGAGUGCAGCUUGGUUCUUUGACAACAUUACCGGAAAUGAUCAUAUUGCUCGCAUAGACGAUACAGCAUGUCCGGGCAGAAAAACAGCUUUUUGAUAAAUGAGCAUGCGCCGACCCGUGAACCUGUCCCUUUAAGCCGCGUGGCGGACGCGGCUGCCAAAUUGUAUUGGUUUGUUUUUGUUUUGUAGCUCAGGUUCACUUUUACAAAGACUUUCGUCUCAGUUUUUACAAAACUUGAUGGCAACCUUUUAGCUGUAUGUAUCAGCUUCGAAGAGAUCAUCGAUGAGGAUGAAUUUCUUUUACUCUACGAUUUGAACACUUCCAAAAAUCUUGAUUUCCUUAUUACGAUGAUUAUCGCCGAUUCCGUUCGGCCUUGUCGAGAUGGAUACUAUGAAGAGUCACAAAUGACAUCAUAACAUAUAACUCUGCACAAAAGUGUCAUUUAAGUCGGUGACUCACCAUGGCCACUUAGUCUACUUGUCUCUCGAUCUCCAGCUUCGGUUUCCGCUAUGUUUUACAUGUAAGACUUUUACUUUACCCGGCUUUUUACAGUUGUAAAGCAAAAAUCAUAAGUCAAAUAUUUGCUAUUGACAUGCAAAAGCAAUGGCUAAUAAACACCUUGUUUCGCUAAAUUUAAUUCGGAAAAUUCCUCGCUUCUAAAACAGCAGACCUUGAAGGAUAAAGCUACCGUUAACUACCUUUCUCGCCGCCGCUAACUGAGGUCGAGGCGAGCUGAACAUCAAGCACAUAUGUUAAUUAGCUUAAUGGCGCAAAAUUUUCUGGUUGUCCUCUUCCGUGCCGCCUCCAGUUGUUGCUUAAGGUCUUUGGUGUUCAAAACAAUGAAAUGGCGGUCAUGUUGGUGAACAGAGAAAAAAAUACCGUGGGGAUUGAACUCUUUUCUCAUGUAAAAACCUCCUUUUUUCCCAAGAAAUUUGCAUACUUACUGACUACGUGAGCAAAAAAAAAUUUCAAGGGUAAAGAAUCCAAACCCCAUGCGCAUGCUUACUUCUUGCUUUUAUGAAUAUUUGAGUUCCCUAAAUUAUACUUUGAGGCAUAGUCGCACAGAAAACUUUUCCGUCUUUCUAGCUGAUUAAUAGUGGACGAAUGAAUAAGCAAAUUUUCUAAACGACUGUAGCUUCUUUAUAACAACCUAUGAAAGAGUUUGUUUUUCUGUGCCAUCAAUCACAAAUCAGUCUUCUGGCCACUGUGUUUUAAUUAUAAAAUAAUUGGUUCGUGAACGCGUAUAUCAUGCGCAUAUCGAGUUAUCAUGAGUGUUAUCAUGCUCAAAUUUCCCCUUGGUUUAUAUUAGUUUUAUCUUCCUGUUGCACUAUGGGUGUGGUAAUGAGUGGGUGCUAAGUGUAAAACUCUGGAAGAUAAAAUUUAUGCUAACCAACGGAUAAAAUUGACCACAGAUCGCUAGAUUACUUCGAAAGUUUGCUGAGCACUUCAAGAUUGUAGAGUUUCCCUUUACCUCUAACGCUUCAACUUCCGCGUGUUAACUCCGUAUGGCUAACUCAAUAUUUGCUCGCUAAGCAUAAACAAAUUCUUAAUUAAUAAAAAUGACAUAAUCAGAGUUUUUUAGCAUUAUUACAACAUCUUUUAUUGAUUCAUUUAUUUAUAUUAUGUUCUUUAAUUUUGCCGAGUAAUGUUUUCCUUGGGCUCGACGCCUGCCUUUUAAAACUCUUACCCAUAGGCCAUUUACACGAUAACGUCAUGCUCAUCUACCAGUAUCCUUUAUUUGUUUCAAAGCUAUUGCAAAUGGUGUUGGGAUUAUGAGGUGAAUAAGAAAAAAACGAGGAAGUGAUUCUGGUAGUUGUGGUCACGUUACUCCAAAGAGCAAUAAAUGGUUAGCAGUUUGGUGUUAUUGACUCACGCUAUACCGUCUUUUUUUCUCUUCAUGGGUUACGCACCAUUAGUGUCAUAAAUCAGUGAUUUCUUGCUGAUGAAUAUCAGGAAACGGCCGACAAAACAGAAUACGAUACGAAAUUUUGACGCACUUUGAAAAUACGUAUAAAGCUUUAAAUGUUAAUACUUACUGUACUGACCCUAAGGUGAUCUGACUUUUGAUGGUUAGUUUGUGCUAAAAGGCAAUGCACUCUACCUCCGUCUGUUGGUUGAAUGGACGUGCUUGCUUGCAUGCAUGUUUUAUUUAUUUGGAGUUUUAUACAAUAAAUAGUAUAUCAACUAUUUCCAAAUAACUAAAAUUACAAACAACAAAAAAUUCCUAACCACAUAUGGCUAAUAAGUUAUUAAUCAAUUAAGUCCUAGAGUAUUUACUUUUUGCCGUCUUCCCCUUUACUUUUUUCAAAGCAUUCGAAUACCGUAAAAUUCCGAAAAUAAGCCCCUCCAUGUAUAAGCCCCUCAAACCGGUAACGCAAAAAACCCUCCGUUAAAUCGCCUCUCCAAAUAUAAGCUCACUGGGGGAUUGUACUUGGAAAAUUGCCCUCAAAUACAAAAUAAAACAAAGCAAAGACGAUAAAUUUACUUCCAACUAUAAGGCUAGCCCAAUCGAUUUUGAAACGCAAAUUUCCCUUCGUAGAUAAUCCCCUCCAAAUAUAAGCCCCUCCAAAAAUAAGCCCCUCAAAAAGGGCCUUUGAAAAAUAUAAUCCCCAGGGCUUAUUUUCGGAAUUUUACGGUAUACGUUUUGGUACUAGUUUUUGAAAUUUAAGCAUUUACACCGGGCAGGGGAAGGGGGAGGGGCCAGGGGUGCCUCGACCACCCUUCCCCCCAAAAAAACGUUUUGUGCGAAAUAAACAAUAUAUACUGAUGGCUGCUUCGCCAGAAGCAUGAAACUCUGAGUAGCAAUAAAUUUUCAAGACCUAACCCAGUUCCAUCAACUAUUGAGUACUCUUAUAGUCGAUGAGGACAUCACUCUGGCACUUGGUUGUAACUUUCAAUGUAUAUUUCAUUUUCAAGUUCUUUACUAAAUAGUCUCUAAAAAAGGUUUUUUGAUAUUAGACUUAGGAUCUGGAUUUCACUCUUGUCCACAAUAAGGGAAUAACAGGGUGGAUAGUUGAGAUAGUUUAAAUGAAAUGUAAUGUUUAGCACUGUGCGUCUUUCUAGUUUAAAUGCUACAUGAUCCCGCACCUGUGCGCAAACCAGAAAACCAUUUAAAACUUCCUGAACUGAAUCGGAGGGCUGGGAACCCGGAAACUGAGAGCGACUGUUCCUUGAAAAGUGGAAACACACUGCAUUUAGCUUUUCGACAUUGAUAUAAAUUGGGUCUUUGCUAGAAGGAAUCUGGUAAUAAUCGUAGCCUUCUUAUAACAGUUACAUCUAUUUGCGAUGAACUAGCAUAGAAGACUUCUCAGACAUUACCCCUCCAGGGUUCCCCUACGCACUUGAAUCCAGCGUCCCACGCACUUAAAAAACUGCUGCACGGGCCCUGAACAACAACUUAUAUUUCUAGACUCAUUGUAACACCCAGAGAAUUUCCCUUUCAGAGCGGUUUAAUACCAGCAGCCUAAGUACAUUCUCAAACAAAAUAAACGUCAGCAAAAAAGUGGUGGAAGUGGAAGUGGAAGAGGAAAUAUUGCUUGAUCUCUUUCCAUUUCCUUCCUGCAGCGCUCUCUCCUUCUGAUGAUCAGUUUUUAAUACGUAAUUGUCUUUGAUCUUAUCACUGUCUCUUCAAAACUUCUAACUGCCCUAAUUUUACCAUUAUAGCUUAAAGCACCUUUUGAGUUACGAUUUUGUCAAUGAUGUGCAUGCGAAUAUUCAGGUACAUGCGGUACUUGGCUUUCAAAACUGAAUAUUGAUCUUAAAGGAACGGGUUAUAAGUGACUAUCAAUUCAUCACACUAUUUUUCCCUGACAACGUCAAAAAUAUUUCAAUAUAAAUAGCCUUGUUUGUGUCUCUAUUAGCCAGUUGUGCUUUGCACUGCCCUCAAGCAUACAGUUCAGACAGUUAUAGUUCAUCCGACCCUGAACAAGGCAUAAACUGAGCUCUUCAGGAUAUAAGGUACAGCAAGUAAAUUGCAGAAUUGUCUCCAUUUGAAGUUAAUGCGAGUAAUUACAUUUUACCACAGUGAUCUUUAGUCCGCGAUAGACAAGUCCAAUGUUUCAUGGUUUUCAUAAGUUUCAACUCCCAGAUACUUCAAAAGACUUCGGCAGAUAACAGUCGGAGAGCAUUUAAUCAUAUGUUCGAUAGAUUUAGAUAGAUAGAUAGAUAUAUUUGGAGUUUGAGGGUAUCCUAUUUUGCUACUGCUUCAUAAAGCUUGUAAAUUUAUGAUUCAACUUGAAAUAACUUUAGAGUCACAGGGGACCUACGCAACCGUGACCGUUUUCAGCGUCUUUUAACAUGAUUAACAGAAAAUAUAUGUAAUACCUAUACAUAGCUAGCAAUAUCGUGUAAUAGUUCGAUGAUUAAAAUUAAAAUGACCUAACUUUAAUUGAACUGCUCGCUUUGUCGUUCUUUCGAGCGUAAAUGGCGAAUUUGGGUCAGCUAAUAUAAGACCACUCAAGUCACUCGAGAAUUCGUCGUUUACAUUUGAAACAUCGACAAUACAUGAAAAGAAUUAAGAAAAGAUCACGUUUAUUUUGGCAAUACAAGGUAAUAGUCGUCCUAGCAUUCCACUACAUUAUAACAUUAUAAUAACCAAUCUAUAAGGUAAAUCAGUACAUUUCUAUACAUUUCCUGGUAAAAGAUCACGAUUACACAGCUUUCAUCGGCUCUUCAUUGAUAGGAAUGCAAAAAACAAUAACAACCCGAUGAAUAUCUAAAAAACGAUCGAGGUUUUCUAAAAGACAAAGUUGACGGAUAAAACGGUGAUCCCAUACGUUCCCUAAAACUUCGAUGGGAGCGGUCAGCAAGCAAGAUGGAGGCGAGAAGUGAUAGAGGGAUGAACUUAAGACUUGUUGUCUUCCCCUGUCUUCCUUUUAUUAAUAUGCAUAACUGUCUUCCUCCAUAUCUAAUGAGGGUCUUCCUUAGACUGCAAAACGGUCGGUUUUUUUUCCCAAAAUCAGUAAAGAAAUCGGUAAAGCGUGGCGUAAGAGUCUUCUUCUGUCUUCCUGCAUACCAAUGAGGGUCUUCCUGUAUACUAAUAACUGUCUUCCUGCAUACCAAUAAGGGUCUUCCUGUAUACUAAUAACUGACUUCCUGCAUACUAAUGAGGGUCUUCCUGCAUACUAAUAACUGUCUUCCUGCAUACUAAUGAGGGUCUUCCCGCAUACUAAUAACUGUCUUCCUGCAUACUAAUGAGGGUCUUCCUGUAUACUAAUAACUGUCUUCCUGCAUACUAAUAACUGUCUUCCUGCAUACCAAUGAGGGUCUUCCUGUAUACUAAUAACUGUCUGUCUUAUUCGAGUUCGCUAGCCUAUAACUAAAAAAUCGGUUAUAAAAAAAAAGAACUUAGACGCAAAAUGGACCUCAAAAUCUUUAUUUUAAUCUUGAUUGCCUAUUACAAAAACAGUGUUCUCUCUAUGAAAUUAUUAUAUCUUGAUGUCUUCAUUGUUACACGCUCCGUUAACCAGUAGUAAUUUGCAUCUGACCUCCGGGAUGUGACCAGUAUUCACUCUCUCAUACCUCUUUUGUGUUCUCGUAAAUUAAACAAUUAAUGCGUCAGUCCUCUAACAAAGAGAUAAGUUACCGUUCAACACACAAUUUUUAGAUCUAUUGAAGAAUAGAUAUUGAAAAAAUAAAUAUUCCACUGUAAAGUGCAUCGACAACCGUUUGAUGAUUUGGUUAUUGGUCUAUCGAGCAUUCGAUUGGUUCUUUUCUAGGAAAGAUCUUACGCUGGGAUCCUCUUUGUGCAAAUAAAUCCAUUUCGAUUUUCCAUUGCAAUAGUGUCUUAUUUUCACACGCCAGUAAUUUCCAUACGAGUAUGAUGGAGGAUACAGAUCAUAAAGAUGCCUGGCAACGUGAUUUUACAUUUUCGUGAUCCUAAAGUCUUUUGGUAGGGUUUGGCAUCGGGGCGCUCGUUGCAUAUAAUUUUAUUCAACGGAAUAGACCGUUUCAGACCAAACUGAAUCAAAAGGAAAUGACCGUGACUUUCUUGCAAUUUUCGGGGACGACUUGACUACAGGAAGCUACUGAUGACCUAGCUUCGCAGGCAAUGUUGUCCUUGUUACUGGUCGUUUUGACUGACUGUUUCGUCCGAUUUCGGGGAGCUGGUAAAAGUCGGAUAUCGACGACAAGAGCCGAAAAUGUCACUCAAUACUUGCUUAUCACUUGGCGUCUAGGCGUUUAUCAACGAAGAUUUAACCAAACGCUCUUUCUGUUUCUUGAAAAUAAGCUGACAUGACUCGCGGACGAUUUUUGCCAAACAUGCGUUCGGAAAUGAUAUCGAUUUGUUUUGGAUUGGAUUGGACAUGCUUUGGUUUCCAGGAAAACAUUGUUAGACAAUUUGGGCCUCUUGACUAUACAAUUCUGAGAUUUUUUCGUUUCUUUGACAGCUGCAAUAGACACUCCUUGUGUUAUACCCAGAUUUCUCUUAGAUUCCGAAAAUACUGCUGCUUUUAGCCAUUGCUUUCUUUCGUGGCUAGUUAAUCGAUACACUUGACGCAGGUGAUCACUCAAGGAGAGUAACUCUGGCUUGCCACAGUACCGGGCAAUCUCUCUUGAAUUUAUACGGCAUCUUUACCACAUAAGUUAUUUUCCUGUUUAUAUAGCCUUGCUAAUCAAAUUUGAUAUCAUCACUAGUUUUAAUCCAAUUCUUGUCAAUCGUGAUGUAAUAUUAGGUCGAUGUAGGGUCGAUGUAGGGUUGAUGUGGGGUAGAUGUCGGGUCGAUGUCUGGUCGAUGUGAGGUCGAUGAGUGGUCGAUGUGGGGUCGAUGUGAGGUCGCCAUAAGGGGUCGAUGUGGAGUCGAUGUCAGGGUCGAUGUGGGGUCGAUGUAAGAUCGAUUAUUAUUUACGAAGGAGAACGCUUAGUAACCCCACCUUUACCAAUAUUCUUUAAAAGAGGUGCGUUACUUUCUGAAGAUUUGUUUCCUAUCAGAACGCGUGCGGUUCAAAUCAAAAAUGUGGAAGAGUAGCCAUCAUUACAACCUUCUUCAACAAAGUUCUGGAAAUUAUGAAGACAGCGAAGAAAGCGAUUUCUCCCACGAAAACGAAGUCUCUCAAGCCAGCUGAGGAACGCAGUCUUCCCAAGAAGAAACUGAAAGCUUAGAGCCUUGGUCACGCAUUUUUGAUGAAGCCGAGAAACGCCAUGAGACCCAGCUCAACGUCUUGAUCAAUGGGAAUGGAGAGUCAGAAAAUGUGGCCCGCGUGAAAGCCGAGAACGCUCUCGUUCCUGUUUACAGAAAAGAGCUAAGAAAAGUACUCGUGGAUGUGUGCAAGGAAAAAGACCCAACCUUCAAAAAAGUGAUGAAAACCCAAAAACAGCUUAAAGAUUCAGAAGGAUUUGAUAGGCUGGAAUCGACAAAACGUCCUAUCGAUGAGCGAAAAUUCUUACUCAAUCGAUUGUACGUAAAGCAGCCCAUUCCACAAGAUUAAGACUAUACCUACUAUGAACGUUACAGAACUUUUUAUUUCCUGGACCUUUGUCAGUAUUGUUGCUUUCAAUAAAACUGUAAACAACCAAACUUUAAGCGUGUUUUAUUGAUGACUUCACAAUCUUUACAACCUUUUGUCUAUACAGGAUAUUUCAUGAAAUUUAUUAUUCCAAACAAACUUGUUUCAUUUAUUUAGAACAAACAGGAAGACUUAGGGUUCCUUAAGCAUAGCAAUACAUUUUGAUCUGGGUGCAUCUUGCACAAACCCUUUAGAAUAAGAGGGCAACUUUCUAUCGUUUUCAUUCUCUUCACGUUCUUCGGGGGUGAUGACAUAACGUUGAAAAGGUACGUGUUUGCCUUCAAUGUGUCUUUCAUACAAAGCCUUCAACACACGGUAACUUUCGGGAUGAUGCCUGCCCUCCCUUGCGUAGAAUACCCGAAUUAGAUAUGGAGGAAGACAGUUAUGCAUAUUAAUAAACGGAAAACAGGGGAAGACAACAACAAGGCUUAAUGUGGCUGGCUGUGUGCCAGAUCAUUUUAAGCUAGCUAACGUUAUUCCUUUCCACAAGAAGGACUCCGUGAUUUGCAUGAACAACUAUCGACCCAUCUCGCUGCUUUCUAGUUUCAGCAGAAUAUUGGAAAAACUUGUGUAUAAGAGACUUGUUAAUUUUAUUGAUAAAUACAACAUUUUGUAUGUCAACCAGUUUGGCUUUAGAGAACAACACUCUACAAUGCAUGCAACUCUUCUAAUUACAGAUAAGAAAAAGAGAGCUAAAGAAGAUGGCCUAUUCUCAUGCGGAAUCUUCCUUCAUUUCUCAAAAGCCUUUGAUACUGUUGUCCAUAGCAUAUUAAUUAGAAAACUAAGUCAUUAUGGGAUCCGUGGAAUUGCAAUGACUAGUUUACUUCCUAAUUGCCCAAUAGGAGGCAACAUGUUUCUAUUGGUAGCACUAAGUCUGAUGACAUUGUUAUUACUCAUGGAGUUCCGCAGGGAUCGGUGCUAGGUCCCCUCCUAUUUCUGUUGUAUAUUAAUGACUUAUAAUAAGUAUCAACAAGUCACUUAGUCAAAUUAUUAAUCCCCAAUAGGGAGAUUAAACAAGAAAAAUAUAUUAAGUAUUUAGGAUUACAUAUUGACUCACACCUUAGUUGGAAAUUCCACAUUUUGCAUAUUUCAAAAAAAAAUUAAGCGCUGUAUUGGAAGACUUCCUAAAAUUAGGUACUUUGUUAGCCAACAAGUCCUUAUUCAGUCAUACUACACACUUAUUUAUCCUUUUUUCACUUAUAGCUUAAUUACCUGGGGAAAUACAUAUCCACCUUCUCUACAGCCUCUUAUUACUUUACAGAAAAAAAUCAGAUAGAGUUAUAACCUUUUCUGAUUUUAUUCUCAUUCUAGUCCUCUCUUAAGCAAGUUGGGGCUACUUAAAUUAGGGGAUUUAAUAUAUUUAGACAGUGCUCUUUUUAUGCAUGAUUACUAUUCUUAUGGACUUCCAAGUACUUCAAUAAUUUCUUUAAAAGCAUUAGUAAAGUACAACAAUUUGCAACCAGAAUGGCCUCUAAGAAGUCUUAUUAUUUACUGAAAGCUAGGACGAAUUAUGGAAAAAUUAAUAUCCAUUUCAGCUGAGCUAAACUAUACAAUGCUAUAAAAGAAGAUCUAAAAUCAUCGAGUCGUUUUCGCUUUAAAAAGCUUUUAAAAGAAUCUGUCAUCUCCAAAUAUUGAUUGGUGUACUUUAUAUGCAGCUAAUUGUGUGCACAGCCGUUGUUUUGUCUUGCUUCUUUGUUUAUUCGUUUGGCCCACAUGGCCCAGCCAUGUGGGAAAGUAACAAUUAUUUCCUUUUAAUGACUCUACACUUUUUUAUCAAGAGCACAAUAAAGGUUGUUGUUGUUGUUGUUUGUUGUUAGAACGCAGAAAAAAAAACUUAGAUGGAAGUAGUUGUGGUGCAAAAGAUUCUCAAGUUUUUUUGCAAACGACCAAUAAAAUUCGAGUUCAACAAUGCAACCGUUGAAAACUUUAAAACCGUUUGAACCUACCUGACCUCACAGGAAACAGCCCUGAAAUUCAUGAAAUUUUAUUGGUCCGUUUGCAAGAAAAACUUGAGAAUCGUUUGUUUUCAAAAACUUCAAAGUGUGAUUGGAUAAUCUUCAUCCAAGUGCCCCGGUUCGAGUAGUCGCACUGUAAGUGUUCUUAAGUGUAACUGAGCUCCAUUCAUUUCUUACUCAGAAAGCCAAUCGAACUCAACUUGCGGGCAAUACAUAUACCCAUGACUAGUACAUUUCAGUGUGAGUAUUGUCAAUGUUUUACAUUCAAAAGAUGCCAUAAAUUCAAACUAAAAUGUACUAGUCAUGGAGGUAUGUAUAGUGCGCAUUAUUCUGGAAAAAUUAGCAUAACGUCAAAACAGUGAAUGUUGUAACGCAGAUUUUUGAGAGGUUCGUAGGAUAGGUUUGUCUUGAAAUUUUAAGAUGUUGCAGUGAAUCAAUCUCAAUAAAAGUUUCAGACCUUAUUAUAUAAAUUAUGAAGAUUACGUGAAAAGAUUUUUUAAAAAUUCGUUCGAGUCGUUUCAGAGAUAUACAAAAAAGGGCUAAAAAUCCAAAUUUUGAGUGAAGUUGCGCUUCUACAGGUGGUGAGAAAACGGGUUAGUUUUUAAGAUCGCAAGAACGAAAAUAAACCAAAAUUUCGUAGCAUCGAAAUAUGAUAUUAAGCAGCAUUCUGACGCUACUUAAGAAUAAUUUGAGUCAUUUAUAAAGUUUUUAUUAAAUAAUUGAAAAUUUAAGGUUUGAAAUAUAUUUUUGUUUUAGUCAAAUUCAAACAUACAGAAUUUUUUACUUCUUACGGAGAUUGUUUGCUAAACACCAAACUUUAAGUUCCCAGUGUUGAAUUUUCGGUACCGGGUCUAGAUCACACAAAAUUCAGCUUUUAUCAGUUUCAAAGUUUUUUGUUUAUUGUUGUCAUAAUAAUAUCGAUUUUACUUAAAACUACAUUUUCAUAAAUUUCAAUCCAUACCUAAUUGUUGGAGAAAAUUUUGUAGCGAUCAGACAAGGAAAAAACCACUUUUAAUGCGAUUGAAAAAUAUCGUGGCCUCUGAAAACUGUAUCGAAACACCUUAACAUGUCCUUUACUUUGACUUAAGAUUGGCUAAGAUUGGAUUGGGCGACUGACUUGUGGUGAAAAGAUUCUAUGAGAUUCUAUACUCUCAGGUGACAAGUGUGACGAAUGGCUCUGACGCGACCUAAUUUUCUUCAUGUUCCUUAUAUUUCUGUAGAUGGCCUUUCGAACAGUGUUUUUGGCUGCCAAUCUACCUUUACUCUUCGGAUCUUUGCAUUGGAGAGGGAACUUUCCAGGCGACGGCAACGAGUUCAAAAAAGGUCUCAAACUUUUAGGAUUAAAGCCAGGGCCUCUGGGCUACUUCAACUCUGCCUACAUGGCCUUCACUAGAGCAGAGGCGGAUAAAUUUCCCAAUCUGGUGUCUUGGCAUUCGAAGAUGACAAGAAUAAAAAACAACAUCACUUCGGCAUCAAUUGCUCCCGUGCGAUCUAAAAUCAGUACAUUCAAGAAGAGCAAAUCCUUCCCGUUUACAACGCUUUCAGGUUCUUGUGAAUCUACCAUAGGAGGGUUUGAGAGGCUUUGUUCAAUUUGUCCGGCUAUAACUGAUCUGGGACCAGACAAGCUUCCCCGCUAUAUCAACGAAGUAUUGUGUGGAAACGAGACCUACUGUGGGGUAGGAGGCAACGUUUUCGGCCUGUGCCAAAACUCUACUGUGACUCAGUCUUUCUUAAUGAAAGUUGGAUCAACUUGGGAGGUUUAUUCGCAGGAAAUAAAAGUGUGCUGCGAAUGUGCACUGUUCUUUUCAUGAACAUAAUGUAGUGUUAGUAAAUAAACGGCAGUCUUUAUUUCCACUCAGGCUGUAAUCAACUUACAUAAGGUGUAAUAGUAAAGGUAAAAGAGUUCCGGCUUCGGCUGAUAACACGUACCGAGAUUAUUCCGGAUAUCACAAAAAUAGAAUCCAAUAACUGUUUUAUUACACGUCACUUUGAAGAAAAGACAAACACAUAGUACCAUCGCAUGAAACACAGUUUGACUUUGCUCUCGGAAAUCAUGUAUUGCCCACACAACCUACUAACUAGUCAGUUAUCUCCUAGCAGAUAACUAACUAACCUGGUUGUAGGUUGUGCUGAUUUCCAAAAUUAAAGGGGCUGUGUCACGGCAGUCCAGUUCAUUUUGUUUAAUCUGCCAAUUACUCGCCUUCAAUUGCUAUGGAACUUGAAGUAAGCAAAGAAAUUACAUGUAAAUGGCAAAAUCAGAGAUCCGAGACAAACAAAUAUGUCUCCUGAGCAUUAUUUUUGAAGUUGCAAGCAGCAGGGAUCAACUUUGAAAAACUUUUAGGCUGAACAGUUUUCAAAAACCCUAAUUUCACUCUGUUUCAAUCUUCUUCAGUUUUGCCCAUCCGUGGCAUCUGUUGUUUCUGUUAUGUUAUUUCCUUUAAAGUUUUAGGCGGUUAUUUUUAUGUUUCUCUUAAUGUAACGAGCAUUUUGUAAUUUCCUAAUUUGGCUGAAUUUCGUGACACAGCUCCUUUAACUGUAGGCUCUUGGCCAAUGUGGAAACAGGUAGUGAGUGCAAUGUACAAAUAUUAUAAUUAUGACACUGCUGUGAUGGUGGUCUUCAACUCUAAAUUUCCUGUUAUUACCCAGCAAAUAAUUCACCCUGGCUCGGUACAUUGAUGUACUUGCUAAGCUUUCCUAGGAAGUUAGUGAAGGCUCACAUUUCUGCAACCCUUCGUGUUUUUGCUGAGUAUAAAUCUGACGUUAGUUAUUAUCAGGUAACUUUAUCACCGAAACUUUUUUCACAUUUCAGCAUUUUUGAAAACUCAAGUGGAAAAAUGCAAGAUUUUGUAAUUUCUAUAGCCAGCCUCGCUUUCACUGAGGGAAAACUGAAAGCUUGUAAACAUUGACGCGUCAUCGUUUAAACUGUUUUGUUGUGGCUCUUGUUUUGUUGAUGUUGUUGUUUUUUAUUUGUAAAUACCCUCCAAAAUGUCUUCAAGGAAAUCUGUGGUACAGUCCGCCUGCCAGUAUGACGUCACGACUCGCGUCAGUAACUUUCAAAAUGGCGAGCAAAGUGUUGAUCGAAGAAACGGAUAAAAAUUUCGAUUUUAUCACGAAAUACUGUUCCGAUUUCUUGGAUUGUGAAAUGUCCAGUGGAGUAAUGAAUUUUAAAGAUUCCUUUCUAUCGUCGAGCAAAUUUUACGGGCAAUUAUACCGACCGGUCACACUUUUGAGGGCCAGUACACAGGUAGAUUGAGGAGUUAAGACACAGCAAUAGGAGGUUCAUCAAACGUUGUGUUAUGCUUUACAUUGUGCGUAUUUUCAGCUCUUCAGAGCUAGUGGAACCCAAUAUCAUUCCUCUUAAAGUUCGCUUAGCUGUAGCGUUAAAAGAGGAAGCUAAAUGACAUGUAUUUGUGAGAGACUGUGAGCAUUGAAUCUUGUUGCUUUACCGCACCUCAAUACUACAUUGGGUAUACACCUGUAAUACUGUAAUUAAAUCCCGAAAACCAAUAAAAGGUUUCGUUUAAUUAUUUUUGGGGGGCAACUGACCCAGUGGAGAUUUUAGGGUAAUAAUAUUGAUGAUUAAGACGAUGUACAAAGGCACUGGUUUAACUUUCGCCAGUGGCACACUGGUGCGUGUUGGGUGUAAAUUAGUACAGUUUGUGGUGUACUGUGUGUUGUUUGUCAUAAUCAACUAACAUUGAAAAAUCCUCAGCUGUUUCAGAGGAGGGACAUGUCUUGACAUCUUAUGGGUUUUUUUUCUGGUCGUAAGCAGUAUGCAGUUCAAGAGUUUUUGAAAUUCCUUUUCCAAAAUAGGACUACGGACUUAAGCUCAAAAUAUAUAUUGAUCCAAGUGCAUGACCAGCAGUGUAAGCAGUAAGAAUAAAGAAAAAAAGGCGAAAAGGAAAAAUAGUGUUAAAAAAGAGAGACCAAACAGACGAAAGAAACGGUACAAAGAAACAGAAAACAGCGUCGCCGGGAGUCGAAUUCGGUUUAUCUGCACGUUCAAGCAACUACUUGACCACUGCACCACAGUGAUACACAUGAUUUGAAAAAUUAAUUUUGUCAUAUCAAAACAAUUUUUCUCUGCCAUAGAUGCUGUUUGAAGCUGGUGGAGCUGUAUUUAUCGUGAAUUCAAAUAUACAUUUGAGGAAAAUUAGCAGCUUAAGUGCGUAUUUCAAAGCUAUUUCGCAUUAUUUCGGCUCCAACGGGCCGCCUCGAGGUAGAUAAUCGAUAGAACUAACCUUACAGUACUGGAUUUGGUAGAGAAUUAGGAGAUCAACAGAGGCCCACACUCGAAAGGAAUGAUAUGAAGUUAGACCCUUUUAAUUAACAAAAGAAUAGAUGAAAUAUAAACAUGUGUGAUCUGUGAAUAGAACCUCCUAUUCUGGAGACUAGACCUUGCUUAUUUUAGCGAAAAAAAAAUUUAAGUUUUGAUGACUUUGCCGGUCCCGUGAAAUAGAUGGCGAUCCCGCAACACGGCCGGCAAAACAACUUAACAAAAUUAUACAAUCACAGACACAAAAUAUCAAAGCGGUUUACACAAGCAGAUUAUAGCAACACCAAAGCUCACACACAUUCAAUCAAAUAAGCGAUAUAUAGCAAAAUUUGCUAGCUCCUUAGCUUUUCCUCGACCUCGCUCCUCCAAAUAACUGUCGUAUCCCUUGCUAAUAUUGCACAAGCGACCCGAGGCUCUUGCCCGUUACUAUGUGACGUCAUACUGGCAGGCGGAGUGGGUCAAGAAACUUAGGUGAAAAACAAUAGACUGACUUACCCUCCCCAUGUUAGUAGUUCCUUUGGCACUUCGGAAAUUAGUUAAUGAGGCGCAAGCCUGUUAGAACAGGCUUGUAAACGAUUGCUGAGAUUCCUAGCACGUCUCCCCUUGAAAAAGGAAAGGACUGCCCUUUCCAUCAUUUUUAGAUAGAAAAGCACAAGGAACAAGCUAGUUUCUUAAUUUUGAAUGAUCAUUAUUCGCUUGAGGUGUACAGUCGGGUUUUCAGACGCCUAAAGCCGGCUUUGCAUUGCUAGCUAAAAAAUAACUACCUUAUCGAUUCUUUCACGGUUUGUGACAUUUUGAAUAGACGAGGAUACUGUUUAUUAUUCGUUUCAUGUGAUACUGGUAGCUCCCUACUGAUUAUAGGUGCUAAAAAGGGAAAAAGUAAAAGCGUACAAGCUAAGUGUAUUUUUUAUUUUAUUUAGCCCUUCAUCUAUAUUUAUAUGUGAUGACGCAAGUUCCAUUACUCCAAAAUAUUAACUUGCGACCGGUGACACUAUUUCUGACUAAUAAAUCUAUAUUAAAAACGAAGGGCAAUAUCACGGAGCUGUGUACUCAACAAUACUAUAUUUAUGUCUUCAGUUGUUUAUUUGUUUAUAGUAUUGUUGAGUACACAGUUCUGUGAUAUUGCUCUCCGUUUUUCAUAUAGAUUUAUUUCUCAGAAAUAGUGUCACUGGUUUAAAGCUAGGCUGUGGUUACUUAUGCAAAUUGGAGGAAUUUUAACAAUACAGUGGAAUCCCGCCUUACGGCCACCUCGGUAACACGGUCACCUCGUUGUUACGGCCACAUUUUUUGGCCGCCCGGCAAAAACGACCAUACAUUUUCUUGUAAAGAAAUCCUUGUUAAUACGGUCACCUCGUUGUUUUUAGCCCAUUGGUGACCGUAUUAGUGGGGUCCCACUGUAUUUAAUUAGCGAUUACAUAAUUUGUAUUAUUCUCCCUCAACAAAACUGCAACAACAACAAUCUUUCCUUAUAUCCCUGUAUAAAGUCAUUUAUACACUAAUUGAUAAAGAAUAAAAAUCAAACGCUUAGUUAAAAAUUUUUUUGGAAGUACAUAUAAGGCACUAAAAUUUUAAAAAAGCGAAUAACAGGAAACCAUUUCUUUAAUUCAGUAACUCUUCUCAACAUUCCGCACUUUCCCGUUUAGUAUGAUAUUACACACAAAAUGUAAUGAUAAUAAGUAAUGGUAACAGGACUGAAUGAAGUCCAAUUCGGUCUGUAAUCAUACCAGUGAUUAACAAAAUCGGACGACCGCGGAGCGGGAGUCCAAUUUGUUUAAUCACGAGUAUGAUUACAGACCGACUUGGACGACAAGAAGUUCUGUUACCAAUUAAUCAUAACUUUAAUAAAAUUUGUGAUAUAUAAGGUUCUUCUCAUCAAGACACAAGACGAGCACUGUCCUAUUAACUGUCCUAUUAAGCCUGAGAUCAGGGCAGUUGAUAGCCAAUCAGAUUUGAGAAUUUUGCUAUAGUUAUGAUUACAAUUAUAAUAAUAAUAACAAUAACAACUUAUUGUGGGUAACUUAACAUGAUAAUGAUAAGUUGGCAUUACAAUCGCAUUACAUUACAAUAGACAGAUAAAAGAAAAUAAAUAUAUAUAUAUAUAUAUAUAUAUAUAUUGUAUAUGCAUGAAAAUAAACAAAUAAAAUAAAAUCCCUUACCGAUACACAGUACGUUUUAAAAAGAUAAGUCUUCAGAUGUGCCUUAAAAUUACUGACAUUUGCCAUUUACUGACGUUUGCCAAGUUUACUUACCUCGAAAAAAUGACAAAAAUGGACAGUUGCUACUAGAUCUGGCACAGCAAUGCCAUGUGGUUAUUCUUCACACCAAGUUUCAAAAGAAAACAGGUCAAUUUAGACCUACUUUUCUGAAAGAACAGGGCAGACGACCCAAAUUGACUGCAUUCUGAUUAACAAAAAAUGGUGAAACUAAACGAAGGACAUCGAAGCGUACAAUACGUUCUCCAGCAUUGGAUCUGAUCACAGACCACCGAGGGAUAAAGUUAAAAUUAGCCUACGUACUUGCAAGCCCCUCAACAGAACCCGCAGUAAGACUGUCUACGACUGGUCUGUUCUUAGAUCAGACGAGAACCUGCAAUUAAUAUACUCGGUCACUGUGAAAUAGAUACGCGGCACUGUGUGAAGACAAGCAAAGGACAACUGAAAUAUGAAAAUCUUAUCCAGAGUAACGAGGAAGUAGCAGAAAAGCUAAUCUCCAAAAAAAAGGGAAAGAACCGAAGGAAAGUGUCAGAAAAGCAGGGAAGGUAACAAAGGUUAAUAAUAAUAAUGAUAAUAAUAAUAAUAAUAAUAAUGAUGAUGAUGAUGAUAAUAAUAAUAUACAUUUAUAUAGCGCCUUUCUCUUAGUGAUCCAAAGCGCUUUACACUCAGUACUAAUAGUAAUAAUCCUAAUAAAAUAUUACAAUGACUUAUUUGUUCAAAAUAAAUAAUAAAUAAAAUGAAAUUACAGCUGAAAAGCUCACUUUAAAAGAAAUGUUUUGAUUUUUGAUUUGAAAGCGCCCAGCUCAGGACAUGUGCGUAUACUGACUGGCAUGGAAUUCCAUAUCUUAUGAGCCGCGUGUGAAAAAGCUCUAUAACCAUAGGUUUUAAGGUUAUAUUUAGUUUGCACUAGGACUCCUUUAUCUGCAGAACGCAGAGUUCUUGUUGGUCUAUAACGAACUAAAAGUUCUUCCAUAUAAGGUGAUGCUACAUCAUUAACUGAUUUAAAUGUAUAAGAAGUAAAAGUUUAAAAUCAAUUCUUUCCGGAAUAGGCAACCAAAGAAGAGACCUUACGAUGGGUUAAAUAUGUUCAUGUUUCCUAGAACCAGUCAAAAGACGUGCGGCAGAAUUUUGCCAGAGCUGAAGUUUGCUAAUAUAAUCCUGUCGAAGCUCAGAUAAGAGAGAGUUAGAGUAGUCAAGUUUUGACGUAAUAAAUGCAUAUAUAUAUGCAUCGGUUCUCCAGUAGCCUUUGGGUUAAACGAAAGGUAUAAACUGCGUGUCGUCAGCAUAGAAGUGAGGGCUUAAGCCAUGUUACAUAGUGUAUAAGAUAGGACCAAGCACUGAACCUUGGGGGACACCGCAGAGAAGCUUUCGACUGGUGGAGUGCUCACUUGCCGCUUUGACAAAUUGGGUGCGGUCUGUCAAGUAGGACGUUAACCAAGAAAAGGCCUUUCCGGUGAUUCCAAAUCGAUGUUCAAGUCUACCAAGUAGUGUGUCAUGAUCUACCGUGUCGAAAGCAGCGGAAAGUUCCAGUGACACGAGUGGGUUGAUUGUCGUUAAUUCGAAUUUUAUACGGCCUUAAUGAUCGACCACUUUGGUCCAGAUAUCCUAUGACAAUGACGAUUUUGAAGGCAUGUGAAAAUUCGCGUCGUCACUUUAGGUCGUUAGAGGCAAGCAAUCUGGACCAUUUUUGGCGUCGACCGUCGCAAACUAUCUGGCUUUGAUUUUUCGGAGGCCGAGUGGCGAGGGACGCGUGGAAGUGAGAGAAAAUGGGCAAGAUUCAGAAGGCGUUCAGCUGCGGCCGGCCACCGAAUUUGCACGUUUAUUAUGUAUAAGUCGGCGCUUCAGUUUCAAGCGACUGAAAACGCCACAAAAACACAGUACACGACACUAAAAACGUACGGUAAGUUAUCUUUAUUCAUUUUUCUUACAUUAUAUCAUUAAUCGGGAUCAAAAGGUGCAAAGUUCCGUAUUUUAUGAAGCAUGCCUGCCGAUCACAUGAAUCGAGUCGAGAGGGGACGUUAAUAUAGUAAAUGGAUCACAUCAGUCUCAUGUCGCGCUUGACAUCACGAUGCCUCGAAUACUUCGGAUGGUCCGCCUGUGAUUAGACGCAACAAUUUGCAGGAGUUUUUGGACUUCUCGUUUUCUGUUCUUAUAAUAUUUUAGCUGAUCAUGAGAUCUCUCUUCUAGAGAUACAGCGUUUACAUCCAGCAGGAUCUUCGUCCACGGUUGUUGCAGUUAAUUUCUUCUCUCAUGCCCGAGGGGGGAGGGGAGACUCGACCAAUGAAACCCUGACUCUGUUUAGCAAAAAAAAAUCCUAGAAUACAUACCCUGUUUAGGAAAAAAGGACAAAACACACGCCGUGUUCUGUUAUAAUAGUUAUGUUAGCACUUUUGGAAAAAUAAAGGAAAAAUGAACGAUCGAUUUUAAUCUAUUACAUGCUUUCAAUCUCCUCUUUUACAGUUUUUAUCAAAUGAAGUUUUGUGUUUUUUUAACGUCAUGAGAUCUUUUGAAACUUCGAAAACAUGAAAAAAGGUAUGAAAAGUAAAUAUGUUGUGACGCUUAGAAGCUAGAGUCUAAGUCUUAGAACUAUCAUUGUUAUUAUUGCUGGUUUUCAGUGUCACGCCAUUCAAAAUAGAUCAAAAUAAAAAUUAAAACCGUUCAAUAGAUAAAGUCCAGAAUCUGUGAAAUGAAAGGAAGUACAUAUACAAAGAUCCUCGCCAAGAUUCAGGUCAGAGGAAUAGUUCGUAUACGAGAUAUCCGAAGAAAUGUUUUACCCAAACUUAUAGAGAUUUGUAUGGAGACGCCAUGCCAGUGCUAACCAACAUAGCGGACGGAAAACAACAGAAACAUCUGUUACCGAGUUUUGCUACAAAAGCGUCAAUUUAUUCUUCGAGAAACUCAUAAAUAUUAAAGUAAUACGUUUUCUAAUACAUGAACUGUUUAGAUAGCAAAAUUUCCUCAAAUAAGUCAUUUUUUUAACCUACAUGACUGCUCUCGUGGCCGCCUGUCUUGUAAAUGCCGCGUCACUCAAAAGCUUAGAAAUUCAAGCGUACUCUAUCACAAAACCAAGAACCCUUUUGAAGCGAAAAUUUGUAUCAAAAUUUGUUUUCAGCUGCUCUAAUGCAUCGUGAAAGUAAAAAUCUCGGUAGGAUCCAUAGUUUUUCAGUUUGAAUUUUAGUGACGCCAUGUGAAAACCAACAAUUAUUAUUAUUUAUUUAUUAUUAUUAUUAUUAUUAUUGUUAUUAUUAUUAUUAUUAUUAUUAUUACAACUGUUAUUAUUAUUUUUGCAUGAUCACUUGUUACCAUCUGUUAAUUCUCAUUAUUCCAACGGUAAUGACCGGAUAGCCCACACACAAGUGUAGCUUUGCAGCGGAAAAUCCAAAUAUACGUACUUUGGACGCCCUCAACAUGACCCUUAAAUGAGUAGAGGAUAAGAGCGACCCUUUCUAUUAAAAAGCUAACAUUACAACCUGCUUGCCUCUAAAUUAGACUCAAUCAUAAUUUGACAGCAAUAUCCCUUAUUUAAUAUUACUUUUUGUGCUCUAUUGACGCCACCACAUGUGGACAAAUUGAAGGAAAUGAAUGAAUUAUCGAUUCUUUUCUGCGGCUUGCAUCUCUUUUUUUUUCUCUCGUUAUCACGGCUUGGAUACUAAAGUUUGAGGGCAAUUUUGAAAUACUAUUUUCAGUUUUUGAUUAUCCUAGAGAGUCUUGGACUUCUUUUAGACCUUUUGAAAAAUAGAAAAAUGGGAGAAAAUGAGUAAACGGUUUUAUGGCGCCCCAAGUAAAAGCGAUCUUUAGACAUCUCUUUAUGUUUUCGUUUCGAUGAUCACUAGUUACUAUCAUUUGUCAAUAAACCAUAUACCAAGUAAUGACCCGAUAAACCAUCUGGCUUUAGAGCUAGUUAAAAACGGAAAACCUAAUUUUAAAUGAAAAAACCACUAUUACAUGUAACAUGGUGAAAUGAUAGACCGUUUAAUCCCACCUGAUAUGAAUGACAUGAACAAUUGAAAUUAUGGGACCUGCUUCGCUUCAAAUUAGACUCAACAAUUUGCCUGCCAUGUCCCUGAGUUAAGUUUUCUUUUUCUUUCUCUGCCUUCUUUCUAUGACACCACUUUUAUAAUAAUUGGAGAAAUGAAUGAAAUAUGUUUUCUCUUACAUUUCUAUUCUCUUUUGAUAUUUUAUUGUAACAUUUCUAGAUAUUUCAUAAAGUCUUUUAGCAUCAGAAGAUUCGUUUUACCUUGACAAAAAUAGAAACAAAAACUGAGAAAAACAAAAAAAUAAUGAGUUGUGGGGUUCCAAGUAAAGCAUCUAUACUUUUCUGUCACGUUGCAUGUUAACAUCUGUCAUCUGUCAGUUCACCAUGCAUGUUCUAAGUAAUGAGCUGAAAUCACUCAACUUUGAAAGCAAUUAAAAGCGAUCGCCCACGUCUUAAACUUCAAUGACGUCAUCCCUCAAUUCCGCUUCACGACAAUAAAGCUUAACAAUGUUUCUCAUCCGAUGCACCGUAGUGCUUUAUAACCAGUUGAUCUCUCAAAGUUUCAAAUUAAAAACAAGCUGCAGAAGAAAACUGCGCAUUUCAUAGGACUUUGUAAAAAUCAAACUUUUCAAUAUUCAUAUGAAAAACAUGGUCAGUUACUCUGUACGUAAUAACUGCGCCACUGCGACACGAAAUGAUGGAACGAUCCUCGUGAGUAUAAAGUUGAGUGAAGCCAUUUUCAAUUUCCAAGCUUCAUUCAAAUGACAUCCCAAAGAUUAGACAUUUGAUUUCCAUUUAUAUGCAAACUAUAUUUGAUAUUAAAAUAUUAUAUUCUACAGUAGAGGCUAAAAAAAAUAAUGAGAACAAAACCAAGCGUUUCGGGACUAAUAAAGAAUUUUUAGUUGGUAAAAUUGUUUAAAAUAACUAGAAGAACUUGUCCGGCUUAACUUUUCGCGGACUAGUUGCUCCAGAUCCAGUUUACUUUGUACAGAUGAGAAUUAGAUUACAUUAGUAAAACACAAUUCUAUUCAACUUUCCUGUAUUUAAAAAAAGUUAAACAAAAACAAAUUGGACUGAUUCUGAAACCUUCUCAGGGUGAUAUAGUCUGAAAUAAAGUAAAACUUGUUCUAACAUUUAGCGGACUAGUUUCUUAGGUCCAAUCUACUGUUAACACAACUUUAUUCAACUUCCUGUGUUGGUUUGAUAACUGAUGCACGUCUUCUUUCAAAGUCGAAAUCCCGUUUUUUAAAAACAUUCUAUUUUUCAGUAACUGACCAAUCCUUGUCGUGUUUUUCAAAUUUGGUAAUUUGUCAAAGUGUGGUUUAACUAUUGAUCUGAAGUUCAGUAGCGUUCAGUGAUGAUUUCCAGAAAUGUCUCUCUUAGUGGUAGAUUUUACGAUAUUGGAUAUUCAGUUACACUUGCUCGUUUUUGACAUACAUUAUUUAUAGUGUAAAAUAAACACUUCGAACCGUUCUGUUUGAGUGAAUGUUCACCGCCAAUCUGAUUACAUUAAUUUGGUGUUACUUAACCUUAAAUUGGUGUAUCUUCUUGAUAAAACUUGGUUUAUUAGUAGUAUUGUGAUAACAACAAUGAACUUUUCCCUUGGUGUUGUUUAACACAAGGCACUUUAGCGCUUCUAUUGUUUCCUUGCAAGACAUUGUUCCCACUUUGGUAAAGAUAAUUUUUUUAGUCACAUUUUUUAGAAGAAUGAGUAGCAGUUAGAAAAUUAUUUUCACGUAAAUAGGUAGUCAGUCUAAAGCAGUCUAUUGAAUGACAGCAGAAAAAUUUUGAAAUAAUAUCCAUGUUUUGCAUAUGCUGAAUUUUUCUCUUUUGAUAUAUUUUCUUUUAGCAAGUAAAUUACAUAUUGUAUAUUAGCGUACAUCUUGAGCAAAGAGUCCUGCUCGGCCAGCUGGAGACGGUACGGUGCAUUUGGAAAUUCAAGGACGUUACAGUAGUUGGGUAAAAUGUAUCAAGAGUGCGAGGACGUAUCAAAACAAGGAUAUGCUUCUAAAAUGGAUGAAUAAAUUAUUAUAAAUUGACUAAAAUUUAAUCAAUACAUCAUAAAACUGGACCUAACAAAAUUAGAUGAUGUUGCAAUAUAAAACUACCGUAGUUACCGACCUCUGGCGAUAAAAAUAAAAGAAAAGUCGUCAACUUUACGUGUUUAGACUUCCUGAAUUGACUGGUCCAGUAUAUUUCCCCCCAAUUUCUAGCCUUUACAGGGAUGACUCAACUGACCAGGUUCAUGUUUCCUAUAUUAAAGAAAUACUAAUUUUUUCUACAAAAAACUGAAGUAACAAAAAGAACGGUAAAAAAGUAAAAGCUAAUACACGUUUUUUUAUUAUGGAAACUGGCCGAUGAGGAUGAAAAUGGAAGAAACUGCUGCAGUGAAAAGCUGGGGAAAGGAACGUGAAAUUUGGACGUCACUAACACCGCAUUGCGUCUACUCCAGUUAUUGACUGGCUAUUAUUAGCAGAUGACUUUUUUGUGUUAAUUGGACCACUCUCCAAACAAGAGAAUAUAAAAAGGUCAACAAAAUAACCUUGGAAAAGAGUUUUUCGAACUACACCCUGGAGGAAGGCUCUAUCUAUCUAAAAGAACAACGUUGAAUUUCAAGGUAAGGUGUACCUAAAAACCCGUUUUUAUUUACCAAGGAAUUGUUUCUAACACAACUUAAUGGUAUUUCAGUAUUAGUUUGAUCAGAGCGAAGAGCUUAAGUUAUAUUUUUUUUUGUUGUGCCACUGAGCGUAACUUCAAAAACAAUGAAAAAUGAUGAGGAAAGAUAUUUUUUAAUAAAUUCUUUUGAGAUGCAUGAUGCAACAACUUUAGAAAUCUCUCUUCCCUGACAAAUUUUACCAUAGUCAGUAGUGAUGUUGCCUGCCUUUGGCAUUAAGAAAAAAAAAGUGUUAAAAGUGCUAUUACGACCCAAGGUUUUUUUCUUAUUUUCGGCCGUUUCAUGAUUCAAUACUGAGUCAUGAAUUGUUGAGUUUAUAAUUGUUUAAAUAGCUAAAAACUAGCUAAGUAUAAGUUGGACGGAAAGACUCUGAAAACCGUUCAAAACCUGUCUGCCAUUACUCGGUACGCAAAAUAAAGCCCGUGGUAAUUCUAUAAAGCGGAUUGUUGUAUUAGAUUUACUGUAACGGUGGAUGAAGAUGUCACCAACUAAUUCAAGUAAAUAGGCAAGCACAUUCGUAAAAUUUACCAUCCCCUUUGUCGAGAAGCUAUCUGUCCACAAUUUUAGCGACGAACUUGGAGUUAUAAUUUGUUCACGUGAGGAGAGAGCAUAAAAUACGCUUAAACAGAAAAAGAAAAGAAACAGCAUUAUUCCGAUCAAGUAACUCAGUAAUUAUCUUAUUAAUACAGGGCACUGAGGACUAUGUCGUUUUUCUGACGCCAUACGGCUUAUGAUCUUGGCUGAUGUAAUGGAAUAGGCAAUUUCCAAGUUCUAAGAACUCUCACUUCUAAAACGAGGCUAAGUGCAAAUAAAAAACUAUUUUCAUAUCAAUGGUUUCGCAUAUAGCCUCACUUUGAAAAAGAGGCUUGGGCAACUCUAUAAUGGACUAUAAGCUAUAUUUAAGCUAAAUUAAAUGUAACUUUUUAAAAUAUUUUCUUCUGAAUGUCAUGUUUAUAAAAAGAUUAUCGUUUCGGACUUACAUGUAAAGAUCAGACCUGGUUCUCGAUUUUUCCGGUUUCUUAAACACGCAAAUAUAUCAUCAGAUCAGAGACAUUCUUCUUUCACUGAUAGUCCAUCACCUAGGACCCGAAAAUUUGGGUCUAAUACUCAUCACAGGAGAAUAAGCGAAACCUGUCCAACAUGAAAGUUUAUCUAUUAAGCUUUCAAAAAAUGUCUUGCCGGACAUUCAGAGUGGUAGCUUUCCUGCAGAAAUUCGACUUUGAAGAGACGUCACUGGAAGCUACCGAAUGACGCCAUUCUACCAAAUCCGGCUCUCGAUAGGAAGGCGGACUCUUAAUAACAUGAACUAAAACACAUGCAAAGUUGUUUGAAAGUUGUCUUAUCCUUAGUAAAUCGUAAAUGUGUGUCUUAUAGUAUCUUCUGAUACAUUCGAAAUUUUUUCUUUGAUUUUUAUCGAAAAGAUUUCAGGUAUCAAUCCCGUCUCAACUUCGGCUGUCAGUCUAAGUGUCAUUGUCAAAUUCACAUUCUCCGUUUAGUCGAAACUUUGCGGAGAUGAAAUGUGAAUCUGAAAAUAGAGCUCAUAUAAUGAUGAAGAAUUUGACUAAAAACACGGAUAUUUUUGCAUUGCGCUAAAUUUCUAGUGUGGGUGCUUAUUUGUAAUGAGUUUAGUAAAGCAAUAACAACAAGCCGUCGUGUAUUAAUUUGAUUUCGCUCCACGUAUACGUACUGCAUUCAUCAAAACUGAAGUCACGCAACGAUCACGUUGACUGUGUAAGUUUUGCCAUUAUAAAACAGGUUUUCAAAAUUUUUAAAUUCUUCUUUCAAAAUACACUAGAAAAGAGGUCACUGCAGGGCAUCAUAAGACAAGCUGCAAAAAUAGAAAUAUUGCAGAAUGCGUUAAACUCACGCUACUACUUAUAGACUUUAUACUGCAGAAUAGUAAAUUGAGUGUUAAAUGAAAAUAUAUCCAGAUAUGCUAUGGAUCCGAGUAAAGGAAAUAAACGCCCGGCAUUAAAGUAAAUCAUUAAUUGUACAUAUAUUUUUUAAUGCAGCAACAGUAAUCGUGAACGCUUUACAUCAUUUGCCAAAGAUUAUAUGCUAAUACAAAGUACAGCUUAAAAAAUCUGAUUGCACGAUACUAACUACGGUAAUGUAAACAUCUAAUUUGAUGUUAAUGCACGGAAAUUAGGUAGAUAUAUUAAUAACGUUGGUACAAUAAAGAAAUAAAUAAAGAAACUAAUGCAGAUGUUGCUCUUGCCAAUACUUGCUCGAUAACGAAACUUGUACUUACAGCUAAAUAAGGUGCGUUCUUUUGAGAUGAUUCGGAUCAGAAUCAGUAGUGAUCCCAGAUCACUCGGAUCAUGUGAGACCAUUCAAACCGAUUAAUCCACUCUCGACAAGGAUUUAUCGGUCCACUUGAUCUACCAUGGUCCGAGUGAUCUGGGAUCACCGAUCCUGAUCUGGACCAUCCCAUAGAAAGUGAAGUCCAUUUUGUUGUGCAUAUGCAUGGGUUAUCUUUGUGAUCAGUCUUAUUCUUCCAUAAGAACUGAGCUAGGAAAGUUGUGUGAUCUGUAGCGAGAAUGUUGUGUGAUCUGUAGCGAGAGCGAUGGGCGUCUGAUGCAAUGUAAAGACGCAGAGUCGUGGGCGAGGUUCUAUCGUGUUGGGCUGAUUAAGCAACACCGUCAAAUUCUAGAUCUAUCAACAGGAGAACAGGAUUUCCCUCAAUCACCUGUGUAGUACCAAGCUAGAACACAGAAGAAGUUGCGUGGCGUCGAAGCAUUUAGAGCAGAUGAAGGGCAACAAAAAGCGCUUUGUUGCAGCUGAAAGUAAACACUAACAUGAGUUCUAUUGCUGCUGAGAUUUCUGGCAUCUGUGCCAAGGAUUUGAUAAGGCAGUGAAGCAAGAUAUAACGCAUUUUGCGCAUAGUAGUGAUGCAACCACCGAGAGCUGGACCGAAACUUCCGGAAAUAAUUAAGGGACAGAGAAGGUUUACUGACGCUGUGUAUUCUUUCAGUGACACCUUAAUAUCAAACGGCUCAGGAUCUUAGAAUUUAUAAUUAAAGAAAUAAGGAACUGUAAAUGUACUGGCAGAGACGAGGCAGAGGCGGAGAAUGGGCGUGGAUGUAACAAAAUUCCAAUACAAAAACUUGUUGAGAAUGGUAUCUAAGGGGGAGGGUAACCCUGGUCCUAGGGUUACCCUAGCAAGAGGGUUCAAGGUACUCUGGUUAAAAGCAAAAUUUCCCAGGAAGCCGACACGAGUCAAACGAAUCAACCAGCUUAACUGAUGUGUUUCGUCAUGUGAAGACUAAACUAACAUGCCUUGUAACGUCCAAGAUUUGGCCGAAAUCUUGAAUUCUCCGUUUAAACACGUUAUACGGAAAAAAGGUCAGGUAUUACCAUCGCAUAAAGAAAAUACAUAAUAUUGUUAAGAUGUUUGAAAUCUAGAAAGAAAACUUGGUUAACUCAUUCAAAUUUUCAUGAGUUACUGGUCAUGAGUUAUCCCUUAGCAGAGCGUUUACAAGGCAGGUACAUUUAGGGUAACCCUCUUGCUAGGGCAACCCUAUCUGGAUGCUUUGUAAACACGACGCGUAAAAAUAAUAAGUAGAAAUGUGCGAGCGCUAGUUUAACCCUCUUGCUGUUUGGGUUACCCUCCCUUCUUGUAAACAGGCCCUAACAGAAUUGGUAUUUUUUAAUUAUCAGCGAAAUAAUAUCCUUGUAUAUCCAUCCACCUUGUAGAUAACUUUGAGUUUAAACGUCACAAAAAAAAAACGCGGCCAACCAAAUGUUUUUGAACUGAUGAGACAAAUGUGUUUUAAAUCUAGAGAAACUUCUCAAUAAGAAAAUAAAAAACUCGUUCCAUUGAACUGCCAUGGCCAUCCGAGGAGAAGAAUCUCUGCUACAAGUGGCUGACUCCCGAAAUUACUAGGUACAUACCUUGGAAGGCCUUUUGCAACAUUCCUUUGCGGAAAGGGACAAGAGCAGGUCUGACCCAGAAAUAAACUUUUGCCCGCAGUUUCCAGAGGUUAGACUGAUAGACAACUGAGUGCGGCCAUGGGAUCAGUUAUAACCUGUUUAAGGAGGUCGAGACAGAAUUUGGGCUGAAAGUAAUCAAUGAGCAAACUUUAAAUCGCGUGCUUAUCCCAGGGAAUGUAAUCAACCCAAUAAUCCACCCGUGGCACUCAUGGAAGUAGAAUGCACAUUCAGCGGGGCAGGGUGAAUUUGAUCCUUUUCCCGAAGCAAGACACGAAGAGGGAUGACGGAAGAGAACCUUAGAAACAGCGGAGAAUCACCUGAACACCCCCCGGCUUAAACGGAGGCGUAAGCGUUUUUAGUCAACCAAGCGCGGUUAAACGGGGGAGUAACUAUGACUCCCUAGUACGAUCAACCAGCUUACGAGAGUGGGCCCAAUCAUGCUACGAGCCUAGGAGUAUUUCCUUUGAGGCCCUGGCGUUGAAUUGGAGAGGGCCGGCUUCUGGAAGCUAGAUCAGCUGCAGCUAUACGGGCACUAGGACUGAGCACCUCGUUCUUAAGUCUUAUAUGAUCUGUGACUCUUGAGUGGGGUAUGUGGAUAGUCAAUAAAUUCCGGCGCUCGACCUUCACCAUUACGACCAGAUGACGGUACCGAGCUACCCGAUGUCACCUCUUGGAACGGUCGCUGAUUAAGUGAAAGCUCCAUAUUAACAUCAAAAGAGCGACUAUCCUCGAUGCUGGAGGGAAAAGUAAGAAUGGAUAGCGAGACGGGACAUUCAAAAUAAAGAACAUUGUAUUGUAUUGUAUUGUAUUGUAUUGUAUUGUAGUUGUCGCUUGAGAAUAGCUUGCUCCAUCGCGUCAAGGUAGAAAAGCAACAUGACUGAGACUCUCUUGGAGUCGAUGAUAGAAAGGCUAAAUGCCUCGUCACCUAAUUAGUGACCAGGUGUAAUAAAAAAGGACAUUCCCGAGUACUGUGGGGAUAGGCGCAUUGGUUCUGGAAUUCUUUCAUAAGUGCAGCAUCCCGAAAUGCAUUACCAUGUUUGGUUCUAGCUGCAGCCAAAUUUCACCGCUGAUGUAAAAUAAUGUUUACUCAGUUAUUACCCAUAUAUUAUGCAAUAUUAUUAUAAACUAUAAAUCAAUGAAUUAACCUUUUUCUAAUCAUGGGUGCAAGCCGGUUUUUAGUUACAGCACCUAAAUGAAAAUGAUAGUUGCUUAGAUAUUACAAGUUGUGUCGCUAAGAUAUUAAAAUUUUAAAACACUAAGUCAAGUUCUGAAGACUAAACUCAGGACGGAGUGUAUAUAUUGAGGAGUUAAGGGCAAGGGAAAUCAUAAAGAAUAUUUAAAAGAUACAGAUAUAUACGGAUAAACAAAUAUAAUUUCUGAUGAUAUUUGUAAUGACCUCUACAAAUACCUCUUUAAAUGUAACUCUCCACAGAGCUUUCGUUACAGCUAAAUUUUGAGUCUAAAUUCUGUCCAAAAUCCACCAAAAACCUUCCAAAUUACAUUUAAUAUUACAAUCUACUCUAAACAAAUCAACUUAAAUCUACUUUGAAAAUAUAUAUUGGCUUUUAAAGGUCUUCGAAGUAGUUUAUUUGUAUGUUUUCAUUUUCUUGGGGUUCCCGGCUAAGAAACAAAAUGGCGGCCGUCGGCGGCUUCCAAUAGCGUAUCUUCAAAGUCUAUUUUCUACCGGAAAGCUACCACUCAGAAUGUCCGGCAAGACAUUUUUGGAAAGGUAAAUAGAUAAUCUUUCAUUUGGGAUCAGUCUCGUUUAUUCUCCUGAGAUGAGUAUUAGAACCCCCUCAGGUGAUGGACUAUGACGUUAAUUGGGUUCAAUGCUAGAACAGGUGACUUGACUUGGCGUAUUAGGAUCUCUUGUAUGAAAGGCAAGUUAAGGAUUCUUUCUGAAUUAUUUUAUAUGAAAAAGGAAAUAGUGGCAAGAUAAGCCGAAGUUUUGGUGUCAUCAUGACGUUAUUGUAACUAAAGAGAAGAAAAAGAAAACAACAACUAAAACAAUUAAACAUGGCGUCUGUUUCCAGUCAUAACUAGCACAUGUAAAGAAAUGUCAGGUUAUUUUCCGUUACUAAUUUAUUUGAAAUAAGGGCUUGAAAUAGUUUCUGUUAUUUUGCCACUUUCAGCAGAAAAUCGUUGAAAAUCUCUAUGCAACAAAAAUAAAGUUUUAUGUAGAUCUAAAUAGCAGAUUAACUUUCUUGAAUUCCAAAAUUUUUCAGAAAACUACGAAUUAAACCUGAUAACUGGAACAAAAGUUAAAGCCUAUAGCCAGGUAACUGACCAGCAAGCUAUGUUUUGGUCGCCCAUCUUGUCUUAUAUCAAACCACAACUGUCCAAAAUAAUUUCAAGUUCUUUCUUCAUAAAAAGUCAAGAAUUAUUUCUUACUUUAAACCCUCAUGGAUCUAAAAACCAUCUCGUUCGGGCAGUCAUUUUUUUGUAUUUUCGUGUGCAUCCACUCCAUAAAAUAACAGAAAAAUGUAAAAAGGUUCUGGGCCUCAUAUUCAAACUGCGAUCCAGUAAGGACUCGGAAGACUGGAUAAUUAACACAAAAUAAAUACUUAUUAUACAUGAAACCAGGGAUCAAUCAGUCAAUAAAAUAACAACAAGUGUAUUCAAAGAUAAGUCUACGGUAGGAAAACUCGCUAAUUACACAAUUUAAUUUCACUACUUUUUUCUACAGAAAAUGAUUUGCCGGCAGCUGGUUUCUGUUGUGAUGUUAACCGCAACACUCCUAAAUUUGCUAGACGCUAUGUACCUUGUAUGUCAACCUAGGACAAGAAGAGAUCUUCUAACAAAACUGGAAAAGUUUGGUGGCUAUCAGAAGCGAUACCAAGCGAUCACAGUGCAAGAAGCUGAAAACUUCCCGCUACUAGUUCAUCAAAAGUCUACCGUGUCUACGACAAAUGACAGGAUGGGCAGCCAGCUCUUCCGCAACAAGAGACAAACCAGCACUUAUCCACAAACAAAUUACACCAGAACGGUAAAGCGAGGCUCGCUCGACCGAGACAACAACCUGUACUACCUGUGCACUGAGCGGUCAGCGGUUACCACACUGUCUGCAGAUUAUUUCCCGCGUCAUCUGAACGAAGUUAUUUGCGAUAAGACGGACAACCUUUGUCUCUACGGUAACCAAGGUGAAUGCGUUCAAGAGAGUUUUGAUGUCAAAGUGUUGAAGAAGACCGGGCAAUGCGGAGCUGAUGGUAAAGAGAAAUGGGAUCUAGUGAGUCAGAAGGUCCGAUCCUCUUGUAGUUGUCGCGCGUUUCUUAAGACAGUGACAUGA